UGAAAGAAAAUUAACUUAGAAACGGAUUAGAUAUCAAAAUUAAACUUCCUGGUUAAUAUAAUAUUCGUAGAACUCAUUUUCCAAUGUCAUCAGAAUUAAAUAAAAAAAAAAAAAAAAUUUGCGUCAUUCGCUAAUUUUUCUAUGACAAUUUAAAAAAGAGACCACCCCCAGAUAAAAAUAAAAAACACAUACUUUAGACAAUUACGCCUAAUUUACUUCAAGAAAAUGCAACCUUCUAAAACCAUCUGUCAAUCAAAUCAUAUUUAAAUAGAAUAAAUAGAAAACUUAUUAAUAUAAUUUUUAACUAAACAAACAAACGUAUUUGUAUUUUUUUUGCUAUAAAAGAAAGCAACACUUGCUAAUAUUUCGCAAAAAAUGUUCGCGAAUAAAAUUAUUUUAAUAUCUUUGAUAGCUCUGGUGGCAAAGUCGAAAGCACUCGGUGUCAGUAUCAAUUUAGGUGGAAAUAAAAAACCCAUUUCUCGUCGAUGGAAUGUCUCAGUUGAGCUGGAAGAAACCAUUAAGUCAUAUGAAAAAGUUGGUAUAACUGGCGAUGUUGCCUUUCUUGGAUCAUGGUCAACAAACAGAACUAUCAUGUUGGAGAAAACUGAUUCGCCAACAAAGUGGAUGGGAAAUAUUAAAAUUCCAACCAAUUUCAAUUCUUCAAUAAUGUAUCGAUACUAUAUUGGCGUGGCGAACUCCACUGGAGGUGAACUGCGAAUUCACAAAUGGGAAACUCAUUUGGAUGGAAGAACUGCUAAUUUUACAACAGGUAAAAGCCUCAACACCACAGAUCGAUUUGGUUAUGUUGGAGAUUUGAAAAAAGUUAAUCAAGGCUGGUUGAAUAGUGGCAGAAUAGUGCAGUUCAAUAUUUUCAAAGAUCCCUUAAAGCUGAAAAGUUCAUAUGGUGAUCGAAAGAUUUUCAUUAAAGUAACUCCUGUUGGCUACAAUUCGAGUGCAGAGGAAAAACUUCAAAACUAUAAUGAGUCUCUUGGACUUGCUCACAUUGAAUAUGUUCGCGUGGAAUACGGAAACAGUAAAAUUCGUGUUCAACCAGAUGAUGGAGUUUCGUAUGAAAAAGAUGGCCAUCUGAUCUUUCACAUUACGACAGGCGAUUUGAAAAACGUCGCAUUUAAUUUCACUGUAUCUGUGGAAAAUGAAGAAGACCCUGAGAACAAGGACAUUAUUGGAUAUCAAUAUAUCUAUCCUGAGAGUUUAAAUACCACAACCGGUAACACAGACUUAGAUCUGAUGUCUCCUGAAAACAAGCAGAAUUCAGUUGGAUCUAUUAAACUUGGCUACUUAGUGAUCAAACCUCUGCCUACGCCCAUGAACUUCAAAAAUGCAUUCAGUAACUACUGGCCAAAGAGCUGGAAAAAUCUAGAUGUACUUCAUCGUGGAGUUGGAAAAAGUUUUGACACAGUUAAACAUGCAGCUAAAAUAUCAGAAAACACAGUAAAAACAAUGAAGGAAGCAUAUAACGAGGGAGCUGACAUGGUAGAAUUUGAUGUUCAGAUGACAAAAGAUAAAAAAAUUAUGCUCUAUCAUGAUUAUGUCGUUUAUACUUGUAAAAAAGGAAUAAAACCAACGAAACAAGAAGACCUUACUCCGGUUACUAUAGAAGACAUCACUUAUGAAGAACUGAGUAAUCUCGAGACCUACCAUUUUGUCAAUGAAAAGUUAGUUAAAUAUCCAACUCACAAUGAAGAACCUGAUGAAGAUAAACGUCUCUUUCCACUAUUCGAAGAUAUACUCACCAAAGUCAAUAAAAAUCUGAGUUACGAUAUCGAAAUAAAGUCUCCACAACAUUCCGAUUUCGAUAAGAAUGAGUACGUGGAUUUUAUUCUAGAUCUAAUGUUGCGUAAAGGCUGCGGUCGUCUUAGUAUUAUCUCAAGCAUUAAUACGGAUAUGUUAACAUUAUUUCAAUUUAAACAAAAUAUGCAUCCUGUUAUGCUUGUUGGUUGGGCUGAACCGAAUGAUUUUGAAGAUCCACGUUCGAAUAAUUUAAAAAAUAUGAUUAGUGGCGCCCAGGGAAUGGAAUGGCUUGGAAUUGUUCCACGUUCGUCUUAUUUCUGGUAUGGCAAAGGUGAUUUAAUGAAUUUAGCAACAGAUUUGGAUGUGGCAAUUAUCCCUUGGGAUGUCCCUGAAUCGAAGAAUGAGAUUGAGUAUUAUAAGAAAUUUCAACCAACUGGUGUGAUGCAUGGACGAGGUGAUGUAUUAAUUCCUGAUUCGAAGACGGAGAAUUUCUUUGAGAAGCAAAAGGGUAUGCAGGGAUAUUAUGCAAAGCAUUGCGCUUGCAGAAAUGUAACAGAUGAGUAUGUUAAUUGGGAGGAUGAAAGUUCAAAUUCUGGUCUUCUAAGUGGUAAUAUUAGAGUCUAAGGAAUGAAUUUGUUGAAAAAAGUGGCUUCACAAAUAAAGUUAAAAACUAAAUUUUGUGUAAUUUUAUAAUUUUUCCACAAAUUAUUACAAAAUAUCACUGAAAGCUUUUCAUUAAUGGUAACCAAUUACGAGUUCCAAUUGAAAAGAUUAUAGAAUCAGACGUGCAUUUCUGGGCAAAGAUGUACUUGUACGUUGGGCCCAGGGGCAAGACUAAACUUGGGGUACUUUUUUUUAAUUUUCGUUGCUUUACUGUACAAGUUAAACAAUCUUUAAUUGAAAAACUUGAAAAAUACCCCAAAUCACCUGUAGAGAUCAGUUGCUGAUGACCAGCCACCAGUGUAAGAAGUACCGUAAUCUCAGUUAGAAAUUUCGACAUAGUUGGCUUAAAAAAAUUCUAACUUUUUUUGUAGGCACCGUAGAAGUAUGAUUGAAGCGUCAUAUAAAAGGUGAAAUAAGCUUUCAGAUGAUACAAAAUUUUUCAUAUAAGUUGUCGUUUAAAAAAAUAUAUAUUUAAUGGUGUAAAAAGACAAAAAA